CUUUUGUGUAAGUGUUUUCAUCGUGGUUUUCAUUAACUUUUCAUUACUUUCCAAGUAGCCUCUCUAUCUGUUCUACUCCUAGGUAGAGAAAUAUGACACGUCCCAACAAGGAAGGUUUCAGGAAAUUUCUCACAAGUCGGUCUUCCACUUUUUUUUAGGUAGAGAAAUAUGACACCACCACCAGUAGAAGUAGUUGAUUGUCCAUCUCUCUCCUAUUUAUUUCCAUUCCUACCUCUCUUUCAACUUCCUCUCUUCCUACAACUUUGCAUUCAGAAUUUUGAGUGAGUUUUCUGCUUAUUUUCUUGUCAUUUCUCACUUCUCUCUGCCUCUGUGUAAGUUUGUGUUGACUCAGUACUUUGUUUUUGUGGUAUUUGCUUUGAGUCCUUAAUCUCUUUUUCUUUGCUGAUUUUUGUUUUACUUGUUAGUUUUUGUUUCUCUUUUUUGUUUGCAGAACCCAUUUUCCACUGGUAACUGAAUCUGAUUCAUUGAAACUGAGUUAUCGUGAGGAUUGUACAAUCAAAUCGAAUUGUCAAAUAUGUGUUGGUACUGAAUUACAUAUCUGACCACAUUACUGUUCGGAGUACUCGAUUUAUAGCAACUGUUUUUCUUUUUUCCCGAUGGCAUUGAGCACCCAAAGAGCCUCUGCAUCUUUUGUUUCGAAUGAAUCCGCUCCUCGAUGGAAGUAUGAUGUGUUUUUGAGUUUUAGGGGUGUAGACACCCGCAAGAGUUUUGUAUCUCAUUUAUACCAUGAAUUGUGGGAGUGCCAAGGAAUUACGACUUUCUUGGACGAUCGAGAGCUUGAAGGAGGAACAAGUAUUCAUCUUGAGCUCCCGAGUGCGAUCAAGGAAUCGCAUAUUGCAAUCGUUGUUCUCUCACCAAACUACGCUUCUUCCAAAUGGUGCUUGAAUGAACUUACAACCAUUCUUCAAUGCAUGGAAGCCAGGAACUCAGUUCUGCCGGUCUUUUAUGAGACAGAUCCAUCUGACGUUGGAAAUCAGAGGGGGUCUUUUGCCAAAGCCUUCGAUGAGCAUGAAGAAAAGCUCAUUAGUACCGAAGACAAAAUGAAGGUGACCCAGUGGAGAGAAGCUCUGAAAAAAGUAUCCAAAAUUUCUGGGUGGCAUUCGAAGGAAUCUAAGUGUGAAAGGGAGCUUAUUGAAAAAAUCGUCCAAAGUGUGUGGAGGAAAGUGCAAGCUACAUUCACAUUGUUAGAUUCUUCACAGAAAUUUGUUGGGGUUAAUUUUAGGCUUGAGCAACUAAGUUCGCUAUUAGCUCAUGAUGCGAAUGAUGUUCGCUUUAUAGGGAUAACGGGGAUGGCUGGCAUAGGUAAGACAACUCUUGCUAAGCUAGUUUAUGAUAGAAUCUUCCAUCAUUUUGAAGUUCAUUGCUUUCUUGGCAACGUUAGAGAGGUUUCUAAAAUAAACCGUACUCUAAUUGGCCUUCAAAAAAGACUUCUUUUUCCGAUGUUGAAGGCAAAGAUUGAAGAAAUUUGGGAUGAAGAGUGCGGACUCUUUUUCAUUAAGAAGUGCUUAUGCAAUAAAAAGGUUCUUCUCGUACUUGAUGAUGUGGAUGAUUUAAAACAACUAGAAGUACUGGCUGGAAAUCAAAGUUGGUUUGGUAUGGGAAGUAGAAUUGUGAUUACGACUAGAAAUGAAGGGUUGCUAGUCCAACAUGGUAUAGCAACAUCAUAUAAGAUGCGGGGGUUGAAUGACUGCGAAGCACUUGAGCUCUUUAGUCUGAAUGCCUUUAGGAAAGAACAACCCGAGGAAGAAUUUUUGGAACUCACUAACCAUUUCCUAGAAUAUGCCAGCGGCCUUCCACUAGUUCUUAAAACAUUAGGGUCUUUUUUGCAUACGAGAGGUCAGGAUGCAUGGAAGAGUGUGUUGGAUAAUAUUCAUACAGUUCCUAAUCCAACAAUUUUCAAUACACUCAAAAUCAGUUAUGAUGGACUAGAGGACAUAGAGAAGAGAGUUUUUCUCGAUGUUGCAUGUUUCCACAAAGGGAAGUGCAUGAAGCAAGUUAUUCGAAUGCUAGACAAUUCUUUUGGAAUUUCUAGUAGUAUAAUGAUAGAUCUACUAAUUGAGAAAUCUCUCUUAACUAUUGAAAAACGCAUCCAAUAUGAUAAUUCAGCCAAGUACUUCAUAGGAAUGCAUGAUUUGAUACAAGAAAUGGCAUGGACAAUUGUUGGUCAAGAGUCUAAAGAGCCUGGUCUACGGAGUAGGUUGUGGCUUCCGAUGACAUUUUCUAUAUAUUGACGACCAAUACGGGAACGAGAGCUAUUGAAGGUAUAGUCUUACAGUUACCUGAAAUAGAAGAGGUGCACUGGAGUUGUGAAGCCUUCUCUAAUAUGCAUGGAUUGAGGUUUCUAGAAUUCGACAAUUUGAUCAUUUCUUCACGUCCCAAAUUUCU